AAAUUUCCGUCGAAUGCUUAGGUCAUUGCAGAAACGGAAGUCGCUCAAUUAUUAACUCUUGGAUGGAACGGUGACCAUUUUAAUUCCUACUAAGUUGUAUUUUAUAACACAACUCGACAGUUGUUUUUUUUUUAAUAAGGCUGACCAACACAAGUUUUUUUUAUAUGUGGGAAAGUCAUUCGCUAAGCAAUUUCAGAGACAAAUGAGUUGAUUCCCUAUUACUAUUCAAAAACCAAAUCCUUAAGGAAGAGAGGCAUGACUUAUUCGACACCCUAUAAUUAUACAGGACAUUUCUGAUCAAUGAAUCACGCCUUUCUUCUUCACCGGUAAUUAAAAUUUUCAUUUCGUCAUAUAAAAAUCAUUUCAAGUACAGGAAGUUACGCCAGUAGUCGGUAGUCAGCUACCAUGGUUGAAGACAGUGAGUUCGUUUUGUGUCAGCGGAUUACCUUUUGGGUUUGGAAGGUCUACGGAAUAUGGACGACUGAGGACCAAAGUCUUUUGUACCGUGCCUUUUUUUGGAUUUAUCAUUUCUUUUUUACGUUCGCAUACAUAUUCGCUAUGUUUCUGAGCUCAUUCUUCACUGAUAACUCUGAAGAACUAUGGAGAGAGGUGAUGUUCAUGCUGUUAACCGAAGCAGCGAUGUGCACUAAGCAAUUCUAUUUGAUCCGAAACUUUGCAGCGAUUCUUCGACUGAAUCGAAUUUCUGUUUCAAUGGAUUAUUCAGUCAAAACCGAUCACGAUUUGAAAGCACAAACUCGUAUGCUAAAUCGUUGUAAUACAGUGAUGCUGGUAUUCUUUUUAUUCAGUAUUUCAUCCGUAUUGGGUAACGUGGCCCUGUUGUUCGGAGACAGCUAUAAAUUACCAUAUUCCAAUUGGUUCUAUUGGGUUCCUUUGGGAAAGAAUCAUCAAACCAACUAUUACAUAAUGUUCGCCUAUCAGAUAUUUGGAAUGGUUUGUCACUGUGCACUUAAUGUAGUAGCUGAUAUACAUGUUAUUUAUCUGCUGAGUGUAGUUAGCUUUCAGCUUGAUCUGUUACUAGAAGAUCUUGCUAGAUUACCAAUACCCUCAUCUCGUACAUAUAUCGAGAAACAAUUGUAUCGUCAAACAUUUGUUGAGCAUAUCGAAAAGUAUGAUCGCAUACACAGUUUCGUACGUGAAGUGGAACACAUUUUUUCAGUUCCGGUUUUUAUUCAAAUUGGUGCCAGUGGAAUAACAAUCUGUGCAGUGAUGUUCGCCCUUUCUUCGAUGGACAUAACCGAUCUGAGAUCAUCGGUUCCCAUGUUAUGCUAUUUAGUAGCCAUGCUGCUGCAAAUAUAUUUACCGUGUAUGUUCGGGAACGAGGUUACAUUCAAAAGCCAUCAUUUGACUAACGCCAUUUUUUCAUCUGAUUGGUACAAGCUACCCGUACCGGAACGAAAGGAUUUAAUGCGCCUAAUGCUUCGAACCAGUAAACCAUUCAUAUUGAAGGCAGGCGAUUAUUUCCACUUCAGUCUGCAAACAUUCGGCUCGACACUGAACACCGCCUACUCUAUUUACGCUGUUCUGAACCGUCGGAAUCGAACGGUUUGAUUACGUUACAUAAUGUGUUAUAAUAUAACAAACAAUAUAAUUACAUUGUAUUGACAAUCUUAUCCCUAUAUAAUAUUUAAACAAAUGUUGUUGAUUGGUAAAUAAGCUAUAACGCUACACCUGACUUUCAAUGCAUAUAGUGAAAUUUCAAUAUGAAUGGAACUAUGCCAAUAUGUAUAAUAAAAUUAAGAAAAACCGAAGUCCAGUUUAUUUGAACGUGAAUGAUUAUACCAGGCAUAUAUUUUGAAGAAUCAAAAUUCAAUAAACGGUUGAUUCAAACAAUGUUCGGAAUUUAAAACUAGUUGCAAUAGAAUCGCCCGGGUUGGCCCAGCUGUCGUAUGUUCGAGCCCCGACCUAGAAGGAUCUUUAGUGUCAGUAGGAUCGUAGUACUGCCCAUGCAAAGAUAAUUCUGACAUUCUCUCUUCAACUGUAAAAAUGGCAUCUAAGCCAGAGGAACAAAAUGUUGCUGUACAACUCUAUCGGAAUAAAGAAUGCGCAUUCAACUUUUUCCCAUAAUUUUCUGUGCAACGUUUAUCGAAGCAAGACAUACGGGAGAGCAGCACCGAAGACCUCACACUUUUGUAAUGAAGCGAGCAGCAGAAUUGUGCCGAAGAACUGUCGCAGCAGGACACACAGCAAAACCACACCAAAGACCUACUAAUCCUGUAGAAAUGAAGAAAGCAGCCGAAUGGUGUAAGAUAGUGAUUCUCAAAUUGGUUCCUACAGCCCACCAGUGGGCGCUAGCUUACUUUCAGUGGGUAAUAAACUCAAAAUGGUCAACAGGUGGGCAAUGAGUCGCUAAUAGUGGACUUCUACAUCGGAGAAAAUGUCAAAGCA